CACUCACCAUCACUCACCACCUGUGAGAUGUACAGUCCUGAAGACACGGACGGGCGUGAGCCCCCCACAACGCUUCUGUGGGUGCAGUACUUCCUAGCCCAACACUUUGACCUGGUGGGGGACGGGGCACGGGCGCUGAGCUACAUCGACGCAGCCAUUGAUCACACGCCCACAGUGAUCGAGUUGUUCUACAUCAAGGCCAAGAUCUACAAGCACGCCGGCAAUGAGACCGAGGCUGCGCGCUGGAUGGACGAAGCACAGUCGCUGGACACGGCUGACCGAUUCAUCAACUCUAAGUGCGCUAAAUACCUCCUGAGGGCGAGCUUGGUGAGAGACGCUGAGGACAUGUGCUCCAAGUUCACCAGGGAGGGCACGUGUGCGAUGGAGAACCUGAACGAGAUGCAGUGCAUGUGGUUCCAGGUGGAGGGGGCGGCGGCCUUCCAGCGGACGCUGCGUCACGGCGACGCCCUUAAGAAGUGUCACGAGAUCGAGAGGCACUUUGCCGAGAUCACGGACGACCAGUUCGACUUCCACACCUACUGCAUGCGCAAGAUGACCCUGCGGGCCUACGUGCAGCUGCUGCGCUUGGAGGAUGUCCUCCGCUCCCACCCAUUCUUCUACCGUGCGGCUCGCAUUGCCACGGACAUCUACCUGCACCUGUACGACCAGCCGCUCGCCAGCAACGCAGCGGAGAGCCAGGCCAACGCCGAGACGCUGACCUCGCAGGAGCUGAAGAAGCUGCACAGCAAGCAGCGCCGUGCCCAGAAGAAGGCUCAGCGCGAGGAGGAGCAGCGGAGUGCCGAGGAGCGCCGGCAACAGCAGCAGCGCAACCACGGCAAGCGGCGCCGGGGCGGCGGCCCGGGGGCAGCCGACGACGAGGACGAGGAGGGGCAGGCGGGCGUGCGGGAGGAGCUGCUGCCCGACAAGCUGGCGCGGGUGGACAGUCCCCUGGAGGAGGCCAUCAAGUUCCUGACACCGCUCAAGACGCUGGCCGGGCACCGCAUCGACACUCACCUCAUGGCCUUCGAGAUUUACUACCGCAAGGGUAAGGUGCUGCUGAUGCUCCAGUCGGCUAAGCGAGCAUUCUCACUCGACCGGGACCACCCGUGGCUCCACCAGUGUCUCGUGCGCCUCACUCACACCGUGUGGCAGUGCCGUGAGGGUGCUGGGGGUGCCGUCUCCACGGUGCUCCACCAGGAGCUGCCGCUGCUCGUGGGCUCCAGCGACGCCGCCGCCGUCAACGCCAAUUUCCUCGCUCGCCACCCCAACUCCGUGCGGCACCGCCUCGCCGGUGCUAAGAUGAUGUACUACCUGGAUCCCUCGAGCUCAGAGAGAGCCGUCGCCCUGGCAACCAGGCUGGACCACACGAUGACCGAUCGCUCCAUCAAGGUGUGCGUCCAGGUGUGCCAGGCGCUCGCCAACGGCGAGCUGGGCGACUCGUCCACCUCCUCGUCCACCUCCUCGUCCACCUCCUCGCCCACCUCCUCGCCCACCUCCUCGCCGUCGGCGCUGGACGACUACCGCCGCCGGUGCCAACGACCUCUAACCCUCUGGCCAGCGCCUUCAGUCCCUCCUCCUCCUCCUCCUCCUGCUGCAACUCCUCGGCAGGAGGGGGCGGCAGCGGCGGCACCGGCACCGGCACCGGCACCGCCUCUUCCCCGCGGCACCACCACCACC